AUGAAGAGACCGCAACAGACACUCGUGUUGCACAGUAAGCUCGUGAGCUCUCUGGCGCUCGGGGCUUCUUUCACAGAGAUGGGCGCUCAGCAUUCUCGACUACAGAAGCGCAGCUUGCGUCGAAGCAUUCGAAGCAUUCCGUACGCAACAACAGCGGUCGCGGUCAUACCCGUAUCGCGACCAGACACUGUACGAUCAAAGCGUACUUCUAUACUGCGGCCUCUAAGCCAGGGCGUGGACCGUGAGACCGCCGAAGCACUACUCAGCGAGACACUGCAGAUCACGGUCGACUUGCAACAAGUUCAUCAGCAGCUUAACGAUAUCCUGCGAACACAAGAUGCGGGACAGCGGGCGGAAGUACCGGAACGUCGGGAACCUCACCGCCCACUGCUUCCGCAAUUCAGCUUCGAACAGCGGCCUCCAUUACCGCUGUGGCCAUUCACACGUCCCUCCUGUCGAGCAUCAAGACCUGAAAAUCCCAUGAUAAUUGGACAGCAAUCUAGCAGCAACCUGCUAUCCCCGAUUGCUGAACAUCACUCGCGAUCGCAAUCUCCAUCGAGGCUCAAUGUCCCCAAUUCUUCGCGGUCACGAUCCCCAAACAGAUUCAGCUCCACAUCCAGCUUCUAUUCGACCACAUCGAGAACCGCAGACGACGUCUUGGAGAUUUUGCCGUCAUUGACUGCUUCAUCGAGCUGCUACAGCCUCAUUGACAGCCCAAUACAAUCGCAAUGGGCAUCGAUCAGCAUGGCAACAUCCCCGACGAGUACAAACGAGGGUUUCGGUCAGCACGAGUCUAUUCUUGGUCCUGCUGUUGCAUUGUGUAACGAGCUAUUAGCUGACAGCGCGGGCUCGCUGGUCGGAGCGCGCGAAGUGACGCUGGAUGUACAUCAACAUGGCGGAGGGCUCGGCAAACCUUUGACUAUCUCAGUCGCAAAACACGAUAAUACCAUAAUUAUCACAAAAGGAGCUUAG